UCUGUGAACAUCUGGACUGUGGCUCUGCUGUUGCUUUCGGAUUGAAACCGCAGAUGUCUGCAUCUUUAUGGAAGAUCAAACUUGACUGUGUUUGGUCAGGAUCUACUCUGAGGGAGUGUGCAACACCAGAUAAUUCUUAUACAGCCCUGAUUCUCACCUGUUUGGACUCUGUCAGGCUGCUGAAUGGUUCCAGUCUGUGUUCAGGCAGACUGGAGGUGAAGUCUAACCAGAGCUGGUCCUCAGUGUGUGAAGCUGACUUUGACCAGCAGGAUGCAGAGGUGGUCUGUAGGGAGCUCGGCUGUGGGCCUCCUUCAGUCCUCCAGGGGGCGCUCUAUGGAGAAGUGGAGGCUCUAGCGUGGAGCAAAGAGUUCCAGUGUGGAGGCCAUGAGUCUGCUCUCCUGGACUGUAGAAGCUCAGGCUCAGCUAGAAACAGCUGCUCACCUGGCAAAGCUGUUGGACUCACCUGCUCAGAGCCUGAUGAUGUCAGACUGGUGGGAAGAGCCAGUCGCUGUGCAGGUGAAGUGCAGGUGAAACAACUGGGAAUGUGGAGAUAUGUGAUUAAUACUGCACACAACCUGGAGGAAGUCACUGCUCUCUGUGAACGUCUUGACUGUGGCUUUGCUGUGGGAAUGACCAUGUCCCGUUCCGGGCUAGUCUCAGACCACUGGGAAAUAAAACGUGAUUGUGCUCAGGCUGGAUCUCCUUUGAGAGAGUGUUUGAGUUUCUCUGUCAUCACAUUUUCACAAAAAGGCCUAUUCAGAGAACUUAAAUGCUCAGACUCUGUCAGGCUGCUGAAUGGUUCCAGUCUGUGUUCAGGCAGACUGGAGGUGAAGUCUGACCAGAGCUGGUCCUCAGUGUGUGAAACCGACUUUGACCAGCAGGAUGCAGAGGUGGUCUGUAGGCAGCUCGGCUGUGGGCCUCCUUCGGUCCUCCAGGGGGCGCUCUAUGGAGAAGUGGAGGCUCCAGUGUGGAGCAAAGAGUUCCAGUGUGGAGGCCAUGAGUCUGCUCUCCUGGACUGUAGAAGCUCAGGCUCAGCUAGAAACAGCUGCUCACCUGGCAAAGCUGUUGGACUCACCUGCUCAGAUCCUGUUAGGUUGGUGGGAGGUGCCAGUCGCUGCUCAGGUACAUUAGAGGUAAAUUAUAUGAGGCAGUGGAGCCCAGUGGAUGUCUCUGACUGGAGCCUGAAGGGAGCAGCUUCUGUCUGUGCACAUCUGGAUUGUGGCUCUGCUGUUUCUGUAAGACGGACAAAGGCCACUGGAUUCUAUCCGCUGACAGUACGCUCUGACUGUGUUAAAUCUGGAUCUGCUCUAAGGACGUGUACAACAUUCAUGUCAUCUUCCUUCAUGAUAAAGCUCAACUGCACAGACUCUGUCAGGCUGCUGAAUGGUUCCAGUCUGUGUUCAGGCAGACUGGAGGUGAAGUCUAAUCAGAGCUGGUCCUCAGUGUGUGAAGCUGACUUUGACCAGCAGGAUGCAGAGGUGGUCUGUAGGGAGCUUGGCUGUGGGCCUCCUUCGGUCCUCCAGGGGGCACUCUAUGGAGAAGUGGAGGCUCCAGUGUGGAGCAAAGAGUUCCAGUGUGGAGGCCAUGAGUCUGCUCUCCUGGACUGUAGAAGCUCAGGCUCAGCUAGAAACAGCUGCUCACCUGGCAAAGCUGUUGGACUCACCUGCUCAGAACCCGUCAGGCUGGUGGGAGGAGCCCAUCGGUGUGCAGGCACACUCAAGGUGAAACAUUUGGGAGAGUGGAGACCAGUGGAUGUCUCUGACUGGACCCUGGAGGAAGCAGCUGUUGUGUGUGAACAACUGGACUGUGGCUUAGCUGUUUCUGUAGGACAUAGGGUAGAGUCCUCAGACUUGCCAGUGUGGGUGAUGAGACCUGACUGUGUUCAGGUUGGAUCAUCUCUGAGAGACUGUGCAACAUCAAAUGACUCUUCCUCCAUUGUGAAUAUCACCUGCUCAGACCUGCUUGUUCAGCCAGUCAUUUCUUUGUCCUCCAAUGACGGGGUCUCUGAGGCCCAGCAGCAGGGGUUUCGGGUAUCCAGAAGUUCCAACUUCACCAUCAGUUGUUUCAUCCAGCCACAGUACCCUGGAGGCUCCUUUCAGCUUACCUUCAACAAAGCAUACAAAUACACCCAAGCAGCUGUCAAUCACUCUGCCCAUUUCCUGUUUCCUGCUGCAGAACCCGCCCACCAAGGAAACUACAGCUGUGUUUAUCACGUUCAUGUUUUUUUUCAUAACGUCUCCUCUGAGAGCCGACUGCUGUCUGUCGUUGUCUCAGAUCACACAGGUCUUACCGUCAGAGUGAUCCUCCUGCCGCUGAUUCUGCUGUUGGAGAACAUCGUCUUAUAUUUCUGCUGUAAGAACAGGAGGAAGCAGAGGUCCAGCAGACAGGAGCACACUGAGAUGGUGGACGGUAAAGUUGGUGUUUGUGGAGACGAAGGAGCUCAUGGAGAACAGGAGGACGUCUGAGCAGCUCACCUAACAUCUUGAUUAAUCUGUCAGCAGAAACACAACUGACCAUUAUCUCAGUGAAAGAUUUUACUUCCCUUUACUAAUAAAACUGGAAUUAUUCUGUAGUUUUCGUACUGUGUUUGAAACAAAUCUCUGCUCUUUU